AUGAUCCAGCUCCAACGCCAGCCCACAGCGCCUGAUCCUCCCCCAUCACAGCAUGCCCGUACCGGACCAAGCGCCGCGCCAACUGUGACUGUAGUUCAUUCCGAUGUCAUCCCAACUGGUUUCACGGACAUUUACGACGAACUGACACCUCGGCAGGUCGGCAUCAUGACUAUUGGGUCGGCGAUUGGGACGGGGUUGAUGAUUGGCACGGGCAGGGCGCUGUCAAUAAGCGGACCGGCAGCCGUCAUCAUUUCUUACACGGUCGUUGGAUUCACGGCUUACCUGGUUCUCUCGGCCCUGGGCGAAGUCGCUGCUUGGUUGCCGAAACCCUGCACUGUUGCCGAUCAAGCUGUUCGAUUCUGUGACCCAGCACUUGGAUUUAGCUUGGCUUGGAUCUUCUGGCUUAAAUAUGCCGUUGUCACACCGAAUCAGCUUACAGCCGCGACGUUGGUGGUAUCAUACUGGCUUGAUGCGGAACGCCUCAACCCUGGGAUCUUGGUUACGUGCUUUCUCGUUAUCAUCAUAACGCUCAACUUCCUCCAUCGCGGACUUGCCGGCAAGAUGGAGUUUUACGUCUCAUGUUUCAAAAUCGUGAUGUUGUCUGGCCUCAUGCUCCUAUCCUUCGUCAUCGCGUUGGGUGGUGGACCAGAUCAUGAUCGCAGAGGGUUUCGAUAUUGGAAAUACCCGGGUGCAUUUGGCCCGCCCAACGAGCAUCGGCUGAUCGAGAAGUUUUAUAUGACUUGCGGCACUAUAUCCUCCGCGAUGUUUGCGUAUAUUGGGAGUGAGAGAACGGGGAUCAUGGCACAGACCCCGUGUUUAAAUAAAGCGACUUCACGCGCGAUCAAGUAUACCUUUUACCGAAUCCUGGUCUUUCAUCUUCUCGGGAUUACGCUUCUGGGGAUGAUUGUUCCGCACAAUUCGGUGACCUUGGCUUUCCACAGCGCAUCCUCCAAAGACGCCGCUGCCUCGCCGUUCGUCGCCGCGAUAUACUUGGCGGGCAUCUCUGUUCUGCCAGACAUACUGAAUGCCUGCAUCCUCCUGUUUACUCUGUCGAUUGCAAACUACGAUCUCUACCUGGCGGCCAAGGCCAUGUGUGAUCUCGCCUUGAAGCACCGAGCACCAGCUUUCCUGUCGCGCACCAACCGCCGAGGCAUCCCCGUCUACGCACUGGGCGUAUGCUGCGCCGUGACGACGCUGGCAUACCUGAAUAUCGCCCACGACUCUACCGCAGUGUUCGGGUAUUUCGUCAACAGCGUAACGAUGCUCGGUCUCUUAACCUGGAUAUCCAUUCUCAUCACGCACAUCUCAUUCGUGCGAGCCCGCAAAGCCCAAGCGGUCCCCGAGGAAGCUCUUAUCUGCAAAGCCCGCUUCGGCCUCCCCGGAACUCUUCUCGCUCUGAUCCUGUGUCUGUUCAUCUCGGUGACUAUGGUCGUCGACUCGUUUAAGUUCGAGGCCGGUCGCCGGCACUUCAACUAUAAAUCUUUCGUGGCGUCGUACUUCGGUAUCCCACUGUAUCUCAUUUUAAUUGUUGGGUACAAGGUGACCAUCAAGACUAAGCAUGUCGCUCCCAAGGAGGUAGAUCUAUGGACGGAUAAGCCGGUCAGUUCGGGGGAUAGAAGAGACUGA